AUGGAGUAUGGUCAGUCAGGAGAGGAGGAUUUACAAGAAUUGUUUCACCACAAUGAUGGAGCCUCCUCACAUGGUGUUCCAAUGGAUGAUGUAGAUAUUGCUACUGCUGCACAGUGCAACAACAUGCAAAAAGGGAAGAAACGAGUUGUGCAGAAAAAUGUUGCUCGGAGGGGGUUUGCAUUCACAAAGGAAGAGGACGCCGUUCUUUGUUCGGCCUACCUGAACAUAAGUGAGGAUGCUAUUGUAGGUGUUAAUCAAAAUAUGGGUGCCUACUGGAAGAGAAUAUAUGAUUAUUAUUCUGAGCACAAACCAAAUGGCUCAAUAAGAAGUCAGAUUGGUUUACAAAAAAGAUGGGGUGCCAUACAGAAGGCUGUUUCUACAUUUUCUGCAUGCAAAAGUAAAGUGGAUAGGAGAAACGAAAGUGGAAAGAAUGAAUAUGAUAGGAUUGAGGAUGCUGUGAAGAUGUAUGAGCAAAAGGAACCAUUUCAGUUUAUGCAUUGUUGGAAGAUUCUUCGCUACGAGGCAAAAUGGAACGAUAAACUGCUGGAAGUGAACAGCACGCGAAAUGUUCGUAAAGAACCUGCAGCAUCCGAGCCAGUAGUUACACAAGGUGCAAAUGAUCCAGUAGGUGAUCAAGGUGCAAAUGAUCCACUGGGUCAACAAGGUGCAAGUGAUCCAAGAAGAAGGGCCAAGGAAGAAUCUGCAUCCUCAAAUGCAGCUGUUGAAGUGUUGCUCGGCAUUGAACAAUGGCCUCUCAAUAAAGUAAUCAUUGUUCAAUUGAAUGUUGCCACCAAUACGGUCACGAUUUUUUGUCUUGUGGCCAACAACAGAGCCUCCCCAGCGCCGUUUCUUCCUUAA